CAAGCUUCGCGAGCUUGAUGGGAGCCUCUUUUACCCAGUGCUCCUAAGGCUGCAUGCAGAAUCUUAGAAGUCUGUGCUUUUGACUUCGUGUGAUUGCGGAAGCUCUAAUGCCAAUGGCGCCUAGUAAAGUCGCCCCCAGCAACGGCGCCCCUGACGUCGAUGAGGACACCACCGCCGCCCAGGCUCCUCACAGGCGGCCACCUGUCUCUCCUCUUGGAACCCCUCCCGACAUCCCAAUCGAAUCCACAAUCGAUCCAUUCACAGCUCAAACUGUCCACCCAGAAGGGCUCUAUGAGAUUCUCAAGACCAUUGUGAUGCUCCCCAUUGUCCUGAUCCGCGUUGUCUUCAUUCUGCUUUCUCUGCUGCUGGGUUACAGUUGGGCGUUGCUCGUAUUAACCGGGGUUAAGGACACCAAACAACCGUACCCAAAGUGGCGGGGAAAGUUGCUCUAUGGAACCAGGCUGUGCGCCAGGGGGGUUUUGUUUGGCCUCGGCUAUCACUGGAUUCCAACGAAGGGGGAGCUGGCUCCACGCGAGGUUGCGCCGAUUGUGGUUGGAAACCACAUGAGUUUCACGGAACCGGUCUUCUUCUUCUUCCGCCUGCUGCCGGCGAUCGUGAGCGCGAAACAGCACGAGAGCAUGCCAAUCAUCGGCACCAUAAUCAAAGCCAUGCAGACGAUCUCGGUGGACCGGAGCUCCUCCGAGUCACGAUACGCUGCAGCGGGCGCUGUGAAGCGCAAGGCGAUGGACAACAUCUGGCCACGCGUACUGCUUUUUCCUGAGGGUUGCACCACAAACGGCAAGGGUCUGGCCACGUUCAAAGCGGGCGGCUUCCGGCCGCUGCUCCCGGUACAGCCCGUCGCGAUCAAGUACCCGUACGUGCACUACGACGGCAGCUGGGCGGACCCGGUGGCCCCGAGCAUUUUCUAUCUGGCGUUCCGAAUGAUGUCCCAGUUCCACAACUUCAUGUCCGUUGAGUACCUGCCCGUGAUCUACCCAACCUCGCGGGAGAAGCGGGAAAACGACUACAUGGCUUUCGCUGAACGGGUCCGAUGGGAGAUUGCCAAGGCGUGCAACGUGCCCCUGACGGAGUUCACGUACGCCGACUGCCAGCUAGGCAUGCGCGCCAAGAACAAGCACCUUGCGCGCCGCGUCCCGUCCGUCUUCAUCGAGUUUGGCAAGUUCGAGAAGCUAUACGACCUCAACGUCAGAAUAGCUUAUGGGUGGCUGGACAAGUUUGGGGAGGCGAGCCGGGGAAAGAACGGGGUGAUUACAAAGGAGGACUUCCAAGAGUACUUGGGGCUGGGGCGCAGACUGGGAGCUGAGGUGUUUAACACCCUCUUCGACUUGAACGGGACCGAGGGCAUCAACUUUAGAGAGUAUGUCGCGGGCCUGUGCUUCAUCACGCGACACCCUGCGUUUGAGGCGUGCGUGGACCAGGUCGUACAGCACAUUUCAGGGGGCGGGGUGGGGUCCCUCUCUGAGGAGACGCUCGCUGCGGGGCUGAAGAAAUCCUUUGCCGAUCUUGACGACACGCAGUUGUCCCGGUUGCACAAGCGACUUCUAGCCGUGGAGGUUUCUAAAGAGGAGCGGGCUUCCAAGGAGGGCGUCACUGCCGAAAUCAUGAAGACCUUUUUGCAAAAGAACCCCGACUUUUUGGCGGCGUUUGUGCACCUAAAACCAGAGCUGCUAAGCAAGGCUUAGCACCGAGCCAGUACAGUUGUCGUUCUCCUUAAGAGUAGUAAUACUCCAGAAAAUAAACAGUUGCUCUGAUUGCGACCAUGUAAUACCGUCUGAACCCGCAGUGACGACUUUGGGAAAUAUCUUUGAGCCGCAUUUAUAUUUUGGACCUAUCCGCACCUCACAACCGAGCUUGUUUUGAGAGAACUCGGCUUUCAAUGCGC